AUGCUGCGGCCGCGCGCCGAGUAUGUGCCACCGUUCGAGCGCUCCAAGCUAUGGAUGUGGAGCACCGACACGUCCCGCAUUGAUAUCAUGGCCCCCAAACGGCCCCAAACGGCCCGGUCAAGUCGCAGCAACGAGUCGACGACGACGCCGUCGCGCCCGCAGACCGCCCGUCGCACGCGUGCACCGAGUAGCCCCAAGUUCAGUCGACCGCCGACCGCGCGGCGCUGUCGUGAAAACGGCAUGCUGCAUAGCACAAGGACGGCAAAGCAAGGCGCCGGGCGUGCGCAUGAGCAGGCCGCGUCGUGUGCACCAUCGCACUACCACGGGAUACCAACCGAGAGCGUCCAAGGCUCUUCAGUGGAGGCCAACGACGACGAUACACCGUCCGUUGUCGUAUCGGCGUUUGCGGAGCCCCUCGAUGCCAUUGUAGUGGCGCCCGAGAGCACGGUAGAAACCUCAAUGGAGCUUCGAACCUCCGAGCCUCUGGUCGAAACUAGUGUUGUGCCAGCGCUAUCGCUGCCAGAGCUGCCGCCCACGCUGCACAAUGUUCCGCCCGACAAGCUACACGAGCCGCGACGUCUCUCGGCAGCCGAGCAGGACGCGUGGACCUUCUAUUCGAUCUGCCGUGCGGGCGAAGCGUCGGCGACUGCGCGCGCGCAUCAGUCGCAGCGGGCGUACCUCAAGCGGUGCUCGCAGGUGCUCACGGUGCCCAAGCCACUGUCGCUCGCUGUGGACUUGGAUCUAACGGACCGCUGUCACGGCUAUGCGAGCGCCUCUGCUCUGGCGAGUCGACUCGCCCACGGAAACGAGGUCUCCCGCCUCGCCCUCGCCAAGAAUGGUCUGCGUAGCGAUGCCGUCCGCGAUCUCAUGACCGCUCUCCCCACGACCGCGAUAUCGAGUCUCGAUCUGAGCGAAAAUGAUAUCGGGCCUGUCGGCAUCCAAGCUAUCACGACCGAGCUCACGUCGAACGUGUCCAAGCUCGUGCACCUCAACCUCGCGGGCAACCACUUGAUGGACCGCCAUGUUGUGCCCCUCGUCUCGAAACUGGACGAGACCUGUCUUGUCUCGCUCGACCUGAGCUACAACAAGCUUGGGCAUGGCGCGAUCGUACCGCUCGGCCGCACGCUCAUGCGUACGCGGGUGCUAAAGCGCCUCAACUUGCGCUGGAACAACGUGCAGGGGCUCGGCCUCGACAGUCUAGCCGACGGUUUGAAGAGAAACAUGGGGCUCGCAGACCUGGACUUGAGCUGGAACCCGCUGGGGUCGGCGGGCGAGGCGUCGCGCCUCCAAGCGCUCGCCAACUUUAGCUUGAUGCUGCGGCGCAACACGGACUUGCACCACUUGGUGCUCGAAGCCAAUAACUUUAGUGUCGAGGACCUCAAGCUCCUCGAGUCGGGCCUCCGACACAACUACACGGUGAUUCUGCAUCUGCAGUCGGACGUCGCGAUCGUCGACGCCCAGCAGCAUCUCCGGUUCGACCACUAUACGCGCGACGCUGGCGCCAACAUCACCUUGGACAAGGCCACAAACGACAUCAACUGCUGGCUCUGCAGUGGCUGGCGGGAGCAUGCGUUUACGUUUACGUGGCAGCCGCUCAACGCGCCCAGUGUCGAAGCCGCGUCGCUGUGCCUGUCGAUCGAUCAGUUCCGAGGCGACGCGAUGAGCAAGGUCGAUGCGGAUCAGAGUUUCUUGCGGCGGCAUCGGAUGGUGCCACCGACACCGAUCGAGUACUACUUUUCGCGCCCCAAGACAACGGUGACGACGUCAAAGGCAACCUUGAGCUCUGGUGCGGCCAGCCUGAUUACGUGGGCGUAUCCGCGCUGGAGCCCCAUCGAGCACGACCCCACGGCACUCGUUUCAGCGUGGUCGAUGCAACAGUCGCUCUUCCUCGCCCGGCAGUCCGACUACCCAUGUAGCGCGAUGUAUGACACGGACAGCGUCCUCGCCCGCGCCGUCGCCCACGAUUGGGACCGGUCGCGCAUCGGCAAAGUGGUCAAGCGGGAGAAGCAACAGCAGCACUUGCAGGCGCUGGCCAAGGCCCACUACCGAGACCUGAUUGAGAUCUACCACUACUACGCGUCCCAGACACUGCCGCGCAGCCUCUCGGAGACGAUUCACGGCUUUUCGCUGCACCAGCGCGCGUUUAUUCAGUUUUGCACCGACUGCGAGGUGUACGAUGCUGCGUUUUGUAAACCUGUCGACGUGGACCGUGUCUUUUACGAGGUCAACGCGCACCUCUCGGAGCUCGGGUUUGUCGCGACGGGCGUGAGCAAAGGCCUCGCCCGGUACGAAUUUCUCGAGGCGCUCGUACGCAUCGCGCGUCUUCGGUUCGGCCACGUGCCGGGCCGCCGCCAACAAGCUGCUGUCGGUCUCGACAUUGGCGCGUCGUUUCAAGCGCUGUUGAUGCACCACGUGCUGCCGUUUGCACUUCGGUCGCCCGGCGACAGCUUUCGGUCCAAAGUCCUCUACACAAAAGGCACCGAGGAUGUCCUCGAGUGCUACCUCCCGACGCUCCGCGCAGUCUUUGAAGCGUACGCGACUCCCCGCUCGCUGCCCAAGACGCACGCGCGCAGUGUGAUCAAGACCAAGUCGUUUCUGGACUUUGCGCGGACGAUCGAUCUCUUGCGCGACGGCGGCCUCGUGCCCGAAAAGCCCACGAAAGACGCGCUCCGCACCGCCCAGCGCCUCUACCUCGCGAGCCAGCUCGCCGUGCCCGACGAGAGCACGCUUGUCUGUGCGGCGUGGCUCACGUUUUACGGCUUUCUCGAGUUUCUCGUGCGUCUCUCGCAGUCGCGCAUGCCGGAGGCGCCCGAUGCGCUUCCGUCCUUACUCGCGGCACUCUUUGCGAGUCUGCGAGGUACCAACGCCGCGUUGGCGCCGCGCCUGCGGGGCGUCGUGCGGUUUCUCGAGGCGUCAAACCCGGUCCGGCCCGAGUCGUUGCACGAACGGCUCGCCCGCAUCUGGGCCGCCCGACGCGAUGCGACCUAUCUCGCCGACGCACUUGAAACAAAAGCUUUGACGUACUAG